GGAUGUCCCCCCUCCUCCCCCCCGUCUCUUUGUGUGUGUGUGUGUAUGUAUGUGUGUGUGUGAGUGUGUGUGUGUGUGCAGGAGAGGAAAAGCAGGGGGUGAACACACUGGACGUCGUGUCUAAACAACAUUUGAGCAGUUUAGCAGCUUUGUUUUUUGCGGAAGUGGAGGAUUAGUGUAAUGAGGUUUUAAUUGAAGUGGAGCUGAAAUUCAGGCAGCAGAGCAGCAGAGCGCGGUACCUGUUCCUCGGACUGACCUAUGUGUUUGAGCUUCCAGCAUGUCAGGAAGUGAAGAGGAAACCGCAGAGCGUUUUGGAUCCAGGAGUCUUUUACACGAUGAUGGAGCAGAGGAACACACACCUGAGAUGGAAACUCCAAAAUCCAAGAAGAAGAAAAAAGCAAAGAAGAGUAAAGAGAGUAGGAGCAGUAAACGGCAGAAAGCUCUCAGAGAGGAGGUGUUGGUGAGCUCUCCUGAAGCUCUGGAGGCUCUGCGGCUGGUGGAGGAGGAGGAGGAGGAGGAUGAGGAGGAAGAGCGGCCCGUGCGGUCAGACAGCGAGGGAAGCGAUUACGCCCCCAGCAAGAAGAAGAAGAAGAAAUCCAGCUCCUCCUCCAAAGACAGGAAGAAAGCAGAGAAGAGCGGCGGAGGGAAAAACAAACGGAAGCUUCCAGACCCGGAGGAAGAAGACGAGGAAGACGAUGAUGAAGACAUUGGACAGGGGCCGAAGUCUUCGUCCCAGCUCCUGGCGGAGUGGGGGAUGAAGGACAUCGACUACACCUUCACGCAGGAGGACUAUCACACACUCACCAACUACAAAGCCUUCAGUCAGAUGAUCAGGCCUCUGAUUGCAGCACGGAACCCAAAAAUCGCCGUGUCAAAGAUGAUGAUGGUUCUGGGAGCCAAGUGGCGCGAGUUCAGCACCAAUAACCCCAUCAGGGGAUCUGCGAACGCUGGCUCCGCCCCUCUGACUGUCGACACCGUGACCACACCUAGAGGGGUGGAGCUAACAGGUCCUGGGGCCGCUUCCAUAGCAACGACAGCUACAACAUCGUCUGUAACAGCAACAACCACAACACAACCAGCGUCUGCUGCACCACCGCUACGCAAAGCCAAGACCAAAGAGGGCAAAGGUCCGAAUGCUCGCAGAAAGACGAAGCCCAAACCACAGGAUAAGAAAUCUAAAGCGAAGAAAGUGGCACCGCUCAAAAUCAAACUCGCCGCAUUUAAGAGGAAAAGACCAUCAAGCGGUGAGGAUGAUGAUGGUGAGAGUGAUUUUGACGGGUUUUCGGUGAGUGAUGGGUCGAGCCGCAGCAGCCGCACUAAGAGCAAAAAGUCGAAGAACUCCAAGAAGAAGAAGAAAGUGAGUGAUGAAGGAGACGGGUACGAGACGGAUCAUCAGGAUUACUGUGAGGUGUGUCAGCAGGGCGGGGAGAUCAUCCUGUGUGACACGUGUCCCAGAGCCUAUCACAUGGUGUGUCUCGACCCCGACAUGGAGAAAGCACCUGAGGGCACGUGGAGCUGCCCACACUGUGUACGUCCCCCACCCUGUCUGUCUGCUCAUCUGUCUGUCUGCUCAUCUGUCUGUCUGCUCAUCUGUCUAUCUGUCUGUCUGCUCAUCUGU